CUCCAAUGGAAAAGGGUUAUAGUCGACCGACCGUGAAGCAUGAACCCAUCAGCAAACGUCGUGUCGCAAUGCCUCGAUGCCUCUAUCUCGGUUGUCCUGGCUGCUGUUCCGGAUCCUCUUGGUCCCGGCUUUCAUAGGCACUGCCUAUCUUUACUACUUCCCAUUGGUACAAGACUGUCAUUUCCCUCAACCGAUAGGGGACACAUGUCACACACGACCUGGAUAUCGAGAUGAUGAUGUCGGGAGGACUGCGCCCUUCAGACUACUCGCAAUAGGAGAUCCGCAGCUGGAAGGCGACACCUCACUUCCUGACCUUGAUGCGCCAACAUUCCCAAGCAUCAAACGAGUGUGGGACAAUGUGCAGGAGUCCGGGCUUGGUACACUAUCAACCGAGCUGAUCCCUGCGGGCAGCGCUCUCCUGCUCAGCGACAUUCCCACCAACCUGCAGGCAUAUCGCAAGAGACUGGACCUAUGGGGUAAUGACCACUAUCUUGCGCAUGUUUAUGCGCGAGUCAAGGCGCACACACAUCCUAGCCACAUUGUUGUUCUGGGCGACUUGCUUGGGAGCCAAUGGAUUCAAGAUGACGAAUUCGAAAGGCGGAGUAGCAGAUUUUGGAACAGAGUGUUCAGUGAUGGCGAAAAGUUGCCAGAAGAAAUCAUGGCGAAAGACAGUGGGCAUCGGGAGAUACUAGGGUCGGAUCAGAGCUGGAAGAACAGGAUUAUUGCUGUCGCGGGAAACCACGACAUUGGAUAUGCUGGCGAUGUGAAUCAGGAUCGCAUGAGGCGAUUCGAAGACGCCUUUGGGAACGUCAAUUGGGCGAUGACGUUCAGCCAUAAUGAAUCGGAUGCAUCGUCUUUACCUCUGUCUGAAUCAGAAGUGUUCCCCGAACUUCGACUCGUGAUUCUGAAUUCGAUGAAUUUGGACGGCCCGGCUCAAGACAUGGAUUUGCAACAACAGAGUCACGAUUUUCUUGAACAGGAGUUCCUCGAGCAGCAAAAGCUGUCUUCCCAGACUGCAACGGUCCUCCUCACGCACAUCCCACUUUACAAACCGGAAGGUGUGUGCGUUGACGGGCCUUUCUUCACUUACUGGCCACCCGAAAACGGUGGCGGUUUGAAGGAACAGAAUCAUCUUGAUCAGGACGUCAGCAGAUAUAUGCUCAACGGCUUUGCCGGCCAAGACGGAAAGCGUCAGACGAUCAUUCUUAACGGCCAUGAUCACGAGGGCUGCCAAACCUGGCACCAGAUGACCGAACUCAUCUCAGAAGACAACACGACUGAGUCAAUCUGGGUAGUACACAACGACACCGAUCGCAGCAUUUCGAAAACGAUCGAUGAUACGGCCGGGGUGCGCGAAAUUACCGUCCGCAGUAUCAUGGGCGAGUUUGGUGGCAAUGUUGGUUUCCUCAGUGCUUGGUGGGACUGCGAGAAGCAGCGAUGGCAGAUCGAGUAUGCUUCGUGUAUGUUUGGUGUUCAGCAUAUUUGGUGGGCCAUCUACGUCGUGGAUAUGAUUGUAAGUGCUCUAGGCGUGUUGACCAUCGUGCUUUCCACACUCGAGUCUGAGCCGAACAGGAAGAAGUACAAGACUGCAUGAGGAACUUCAAAUUGGGUUGGUUGAUUUUUGUCUUUCUUGUACAUAGGAUCUAUGUGUUUACACACGAUCAUAAUUUUGAGUAUAUAAUUUGUAGCAUAGCCAAUCAACGCCUGAG